UUAAGUUGCCAUAGCAGGGGAACCUGACGGUAACCCGGUUCUCCCGGUAGCUAACAGCGGUGUGUACUGGAGUUCUAGCGGCGGUUAGACGCCCUCUGCUCCCGCUGGGGAGCGACAGCGAGCUGCCUUGCUCACGGGUUCGGGUCACCACGCUAAAUCACGGGGCUAACGUUAGCCCGCUAACGGCCACUUGUUGCUAGUCGGAGCAUCUCAGGGUGCUCGGCUAACUGUCCGUCACCACGGGUUGCUACGGCAACGAUGACAAAGCGCCCGUUUCCGCUCGUAGGAAAAGUUAGAAAGCAGCCCGGUUGGCCCGGUGGUCUGACGCACGGCGCAGUCAACCGCUAAAUAACGGUCUCUGCAGACGAAGCGAGGUCACUCCGAGGUUUCGCACCCGCAACCCGGCUCCGUGCUGGGACCAUGGACACGUCCAGUGAGUCCGACUCCUACCACCGGACACGGGGGCGUGAAGCCCGCCGCACCCCGGGCCGGGACGGAGCCGGCGGGGGCGACGGGGGAGCCGGAGACCUGUCGGAGAAGAUCGGCACGUUGGCGAGCACUUUACAGGACACCAGCAGGAACCUGACCAAAGUGGACCGGAUGCUGGGCCACUACCGGGCGCACACAGACGGCCAGGCCCAGGCCAUGGCUCUGCUCAGGGAGAACCUGGAAGAGUCCAUCAGUCAGCUCCAGACGCAGAGGGGGGGCAGGCCCGGCGCCGCUCGCAGCGCCUCGGCCUCCACCCUCCACACCAGUGACCUGGAGGCUUGCUCCGGAUCAGAGGGCCAGCGGUUCUCCCCCACCUCCCCCCUGAGGGACGACAGCGGCCCUCCAGGGAGGAGGCGCAGGUCUCAGUCGGCCAGCGUUCGCUUUAAGGACGCCGGCCUGUCAGCCGACGACAUCCACGCUCUGCACCAGUCCCUGAGGGAUCUGCAUUGUGACCAGCACCGCCUGUCUGACGACCUGGACAGAGAGAUCCUCAGGAGGAACAGGUCUGAGAUUGACACCCGACGAGCGAUGGAGAGCCUCACGGACAACACGGCGUCCCACAGACACGACUCGGUGUCGUCUCGCGUGGAGCGCCGACUGCAGGAGCUGGAGAGAGAGAUGCACCCCGAGCACGACGGCGUGGAGCGAGAGAGGAGGCCCGAGCACGACGGCGUGGAGCGAGAGAGGAGGCCCGAGCACGAUGGCGUGGAGCGAGAGGAGGCCGGCGUGGAGCGAGAGAGGAGGCCCGAGCACGACGGCGUGGAGCGAGAGAGGAGGCCCGAGCACGACGGCGUGGAGCGAGAGAGGAGGCCCGAGCACGACGGCGUGGAGCGAGAGAGGAGGCCCGAGCACGACGGCCUGGAGCGAGAGAGGAGGCCGCAGGAGACUUCAGGGAGACACCAGGAGAGAGAGGAGGCAGCUCCGUCCAGACAGCUGAGAGCAGACACAGCCAAGAUGGAGCAGGAACUGGAGGGAGCUCGACGACUACACGGACAGUCUGAGGAAAGCCGAGAAGCCCUCGUUCACCAGGUGGAGGAGAUGCGCGUGGAGCUGCUGAGGUUGAGGAAGGAGAAGUCUGAUCUCCAGCUGCAGACGUGUCAGCCGCGAGGAGACCACGCCUUCAGGGAGGAGGGCAGAGCAGCAGGGUCCACAGAUCGCCUGCAGCUGGAGGUGUCGGAGCUGCGAGCCCGGCUGCACGCGGCCAGCGAGGUGGAGGAACUGAAGAAGACUCUGGAGCGCAAGGAGAAGGAGAGGCUCCAGCUCAGCUUCCAGGUGGAGGACUUGUCCUCUGACAUGGCCCGGCGGGAGCAGCAGCAACUGAUGAUGCUGGAGCAGUUGAGGGAGAUUCAGGGCCGAGGGCAGGCGGAGAGGAGGGAGACGGAGGUGCUGCUCCAGGAGAGCACGAGGAGCAGGGAGGAGCUUAGGACCAGGGCCCAGGAGGCGGUGCGGCAGUGGAGGGCGAAGUGCAGGAGGCUGCAGAAGGAGCUGGAGGAGGCGCAGGCCCAGAGUGACCAGGCUUCGCAGGCAGCCAGAGACAAGCAGAGCUCCCAGGCGCAGCUGAAGGCGCUGAGCCAGCAGAGCGAGGCGUCCCGCAGGGAGCUCGCCGAGGUCCUCGGGCGCUUGGCCCAGCGCGAAGAAGAGCUCCACCGCAAGGACGUGGAGCUGUCCGAGACCCGCCAGCGCCAGUUGUCACUGGAGCAGGAAAUCCGGGAGGUGAGGGAGGCCUCGGCUGCCCUGGGGGAGGAGUCCCACCACCUGGCUGCCGCCCAGGCCAGACUGAGGGAGGAGAACCAGAGGCUGGAGGACCGAGCCGACGCCCAAGCCCGGCGUUGCCAAACGGACCAGGACGCGCAGGCCGAGCUGCGGGCCGCCUUGAGGCAGGCGACCUCGGCCCACGCUCUGCUGCUCCAGAGGUCGGCCGAGGAGGAGCGCGCCAAGGGGAAGCUCCUGAAGGCCGCCGCGGAGCUGCAGGCCCAGCUGGCGGCGGCGCAGGAGGAGCGGGCCGCCCUGGGCCAGCAGCUGCAGCUGGAGAGGAUCGUGCACCAGUCCGAGCUGGACAGCACCCGGGACCGCAGGACCGACACGUGCUGCGACCUGCAGGAGCGGCUCGCGCUGUGCCAGCAGGAGAGGGAUGACGUCAUGGCUCACCUGGAGGAGCUGAAGGCGGCGGCGGCCUCGGACCGGGAGCUGUGUGCGGCGCUGCACCUCAAGCUGGACCGCAUGAAGGCCGAGUGUGAUAAGCUGGCGGCGCAGCUGAGCGCCAAAGACGAGGCGCACGCACUCUCCCACAGGAAGUACCAGCUCCUCAAACAGGAACUGGAGGACACAGUCCGGUCGGCGGAGCGCGGUCGUGCUUCAGAGUCCGAGCUGCUGAAGCUGGAGCAGAAGGUGCUGCGCAUGGACGCGGAGCGAGAGGCCGUCCUCACCUCCAUGGGCGAGGAGCUGGACGCAGCCUGUCGCAGCCUGGCGAAGAACGGGGAGGACAAGCUCCAGGCGAUCUCACAGAAGCCUGGAUUAGUGAAGGACCUCCACCGCUGGCUGGCUGAGACACAGACCAAGAUCCGCUGGCUGUGUGAGGAGGUGCGUGAGUCCACCAGCAGAGAGCAGCGCUUAAAGAAGCAACAGCAGCAGACCAGGGAUCAGUUGAAGGCCCUGAGGCAGAGCCGCGUCUCGGAGCAGACGGCCCUCCUGCAGCGCCUGGACCAGCAGGAGCAGCUGCUGCACGUCCUGGACGCCGAGAAGAGAGAGCUGCUGGAGAGGAGUCGCAGGAAGGAGGAAGACAUGCGGAGCCUCCAGGACCGCAUGUUGGACCUGGAGAUGAACACCAGAGUGGCCCUGGACCACUUGGACUCCAUUCCUGAGAAACAAUGUCUGAUGAAGAACUUCCAGGACCUGGAGGAGUCCCAGCAGCAGAGGGCGGCGCUGGAGCAGCGCCACAGCCGGUACCAAGAGAUCGUCUGGGACCUGCAGCACCAGCUGGACGAGUCCAAACGCAGGAUCCAGGAGCACCGAGACGAGAAGCUGGACGCCGCGUCGCGCAGCCUGAGGCUGGCGGCGCUCUCCUCCUGCGUGAAAGCCUCCGGAGCGGUCCUGAGCGGCCCGCUGGGCUCCGGGCCCCCGUCUCCUCGCCGACGGCUGAGCAGUUCAGACUUGGAUGAGCCCCCCGUCCACGGACCCCCCCCCUCCUCAGAGUAGCCCCCCCUCUACCUGUGUCCCUUAAAGCCCAAACCCCCUGGAGGCCGUGCUUCAUCACUGACCCUCCUCUACCUCAACGGGCCUCACGGAGGGUCUCAGGUCAGAGGGUCUCAGGCCAGAGGGUCUCAGGCCAGAG